AUGGACCCCUACAGGGUGAUCUUUCUCUCCCUCUUUCGUUCCUGGUGAUAUAUGUUGCUCAUGUUGUGUUUUGCUUUUGGUGGAAUUCUAGGUCGAGCGUUUUGUUUUUAUCUUCUGCAAGUUAUCUAUCGAUCUCUUCCGGGGAGGGAUGAUUAUCGGAUCAGUCUCUUCGCCGCAUCGAUUAGGCCCUGUCUCUUUCUGGUCCCGAUCUCCAGGGGAUAAUUAAUCCCGCCAAAAUAGUGUUUAUUUCCGAUCAGAUAUUCGUCGUUGUUAAAGAUGUUUUUACUUCGUCCGUCGUCUAAUUCGAGUAUUGCUCAACAUUGUUUCGUCUCCCCGAUCGCGAUGCUUCUAUUCGUUCUACGGGUGGUUCGUGUUACUGCUAGUUAUUUUUCUCACCAUUAUUUGUUAACAUUGGUUUGAUGCAGCACCGUCCUUCGAGCGCUAACAACUCUCCCUUCUGGACGACCAAUUCCGGGGCGCCAGUUUGGAACAACGACUCCUCUCUCACUGUCGGCCCUAGGGGUGCUGUCUCAUCUCUUACUGCUCUGUGGUCCUCGUCAAUCUUUUUCUCUAUUUCCCUUUAAAUCUACUCCAUGGCGUCCAACUCGUGCAUGGCCCCGAGUGUUCCGAGUUGAUAGGUUUUGUCUCCCGCUCAUCAGCGCCCUUUCUCAUUCAGUUGGCUCCAGCCUUUUUUUCCGUCUUCUUUUGGAAUAAAUUUGCGUAUGUUGCUUGAUCUGUACUGCAAAUCAACUGUUAUUUGGCCAUUCCUUUUGAUUAUGUGUCCUUAUUGAUAUACAUUCUAACGGUAAAAUAUGCUAUGUAUAAAAAGAAAUAAUUCUCCUUAAGGAAAUUAAUGCUUAGGAAUGUAGCUUGAAAAAAUAUUCCUGGCUUAUGGGAUACCUUCUAGGCCUCUCUGUUAUCUGUCUAUCUGAUUCAAUAAUCCCCGUUAAUUUGUUAUUUUAUUUUUUAAGGAAUUUUUGACAAUGUGACUUUUCAAUCGGAUAUGAGAGAAUAGGAUAUCUCAGUCUGGAACUAUUGACUGGUUUCCUGAUGUAGAUCUAACACCCUCUAUUCGGUUUCCUUGGGUUCUUUCGCUACCAUCCUUUACCUUGAUUGGAAAUCAACGUCAGAAGAGUUUCAUUUGCCAUCUGCUAGCUCCUUAAAGAAGCAAAAAAGACAAUUUUUCACUGCAUUUGACGAGAAAACUGUUAUUCUAGUCCAUUUUUUUUGUGUUUCUUUUGGCGUCUCUCUAAAAUUUUAAAAUCGGUUCCGUAUUUUAUUUUUUAUUGCGAGGAAAACUUCGUAUACAUCUCUUUUGUGACUUCUGGAAAAUAUGAUCCUUAGUUGUUUGAAAAUGAUUUUACUCUGCAGUCAAUUCUGAAAAUUUUGGGCCAUAAUAAUCUGCAUAAAUGUAUGCUUUCUUAUGAAAUUUAGUCAUGUUAUUGAAUGACCACUUUGGUAAUUAUGACAUUUUUGUUUCGUUUUAUUAUGACACUUGUUCAGGAAGUUGAUACUUUCGUCAUCUUGAUUACAUGCAAUAAAUUUGUUUUCCCUGCGUAGAAAUGUUCAGAAGGGUAAUUAUUCAGUCCUUUUUUUGAUGGGCAGGGCCAAUACUACUCGAGGAUUACCAUCUCAUUGAGAAGCUUGCGCAGUUUGAUAGGGAACGCAUCCCUGAGCGUGUUGUCCAUGCUAGGGGGGCGAGUGCCAAGGGCUUCUUCGAGGUCACUCAUGAUAUUUCUCAUCUCACCUGUGCUGACUUUUUGCGAGCACCGGGAGUCCAGACUCCUGUGAUUGUCCGUUUCUCAACUGUUAUUCAUGAGAGGGGUAGCCCCGAGACUCUGAGGGAUCCCAGGGGUUUUGCUGUCAAGUUCUACACUAGAGAGGUAUUCAGCACCUUCUUCACCACCUUAAUAUGAGAUGUCUAAUUACAAAAGCAGUAACUGAUAGAAUCGAUGAAGCUGGUACUCGUCUUAGGUAAUAUCCAUGGAAUCAGCUCCCUCUUUGACCUUCCUGUCGCUACUCAUGUCAUCUUGAAUGCUAAGAUUGUUGGUCAUGUUUGUCUAAUGAGGCACCUCUGUCACGCCUAGCUGGAUUAUUAGAAACCUAGCAUUCCAGGUUCAUAAUGUUGUUUUUUUAUUAUUAUUAUUGCAGAAUCAUGCUAAGGAUAUUUAGAUUGAAAUCAGUUUCUGGCUAGGAUGUAGUACGAAAAACCUUCAGCUUAAAAGAAACAAUCAUGGAAGAGAAAAAGAUCUUCAUUUGGACUAUUUUUAAAAAUUAUACUAUAUAUAGCACUAAAAUCCAAAUUUCCAUCUCGUAAUGCAUGCUCUUACAUAGCAGAAAGUAGGGCAGGUUGACUGUUUCUAACGCAUGCUUCGAGCUGGCAGACCGCUUUAAUGGUGCCUUCUCUUGCUCUCAGGGCAAUUUUGAUCUGGUGGGGAAUAACUUCCCGGUGUUCUUCAUUCGGGAUGGGAUGAAGUUCCCUGACAUGGUCCACGCCCUCAAGCCCAACCCCAAGUCGCACAUCCAAGAGAACUGGAGGAUCCUCGACUUCUUCUCCCACCACCCGGAGAGCCUGCACAUGUUUACCUUCCUCUUUGACGACCUUGGCAUCCCCGCUGACUACAGGCACAUGGAGGGCUCUGGGGUCAACACCUACACUCUAAUCAGCAAAGAAGGGAAAGCCCUCUAUGUCAAAUUCCACUGGAAGCCCACCUGCGGCGUGAAGUGCCUGCUGGACGAUGAGGCGGUCACGGUCGGCGGCAGCAACCACAGUCACGCCACCAAGGACCUCUACGACUCCAUCGCCGCUGGCAACUACCCUGAAUGGAAGCUCUACAUCCAGACAAUAGACCCUGAUCACGAGGACCGGUUUGACUUUGACCCACUCGAUGUCACCAAGACCUGGCCCGAGGACAUCCUUCCGCUGCAGCCAGUCGGCCGCCUGGUGCUUAACAAGAACAUCGACAACUUCUUUUCUGAGAACGAGCAGCUAGCCUUCUGCCCGGCCAUCGUCGUGCCGGGGAUCCACUACUCGGACGACAAGCUGCUCCAGACCAGGGUCUUCUCCUACGCCGACACCCAGCGGCACCGCCUGGGGCCGAACUACUUGAUGCUCCCGGCGAACGCCCCCAAGUGCGCCCACCACAACAACCACCACGAAGGGUUGAUGAAUUUCAUGCACAGAGAAGAGGAGGUAUUAUUCACAUUAUAUCCAUAUAUUAAGUCGAUAAUAUAUUAUUCACUGGUGAUUAUUUUUCUGACCAUGCUGCACUGCUCAGGUGAAUUACUUCCCUUCGAGGUAUGACCCGGUGCGUCACGCCGAGCAGUUCCCCAUUCCGCCCCGCGUUCUCACGGGGAGACGCGAGAAGGUGGGUUUUCAGCAGUAAAUCGGCUUCGAGACAACGUUAACAGUCAUCUCAUUGGAUUAAGCCGUUAUCUAUGUUUCUCUGGAGUGCAGUGUGUCAUCGUUAAGGAGAACAACUUCAAGCAGCCUGGAGAGAGAUACAGAUCCUUCGCUCCCGACAGGUUCCCUCUCUCUCUCUCUCUCUCUCUCUCUCUCUCUCGUGCGCGGUUUUCUCCAUCAUCUUGAGAUGUUUUUUUUCCUAUUUGAUAUGGUUUCAGGCAGGAGCGUUUCAUCCGGCGGUGGGUGGACGCGCUGUCGGAGGCGAGGGUCACGAACGAGAUCCGCAGCAUCUGGGUCUCCUACUGGUCGCAGGUAAGUCACUCCCCGCUCCGGCAUCUUCGCCGCCGGAACUGGUUCCAUUCCUCGUUUUCUCUAUGAAUCUGCUUAAACUUUGGGUAUCGGUGAGGUUCGUCUGCUCAUCGUGUAUUCGUUUGCUUUGCGAGCUGCAGUGCGACAAGUCGCUGGGGCAGACGUUAGCGACCCGCCUCAACGUGAAGCCCAACAUGUGA